GAGGGAGGGCAGAGAGAGGCAUGCGAAUCACGUGGAUCUGCUGCGAGUUGGCAAAUCCCUUAGUCCCCGUUAUUCGAGGUUAAGAUUUUUAAGGAUUAAAGAGCGACGUUAACAACAAAACAGUACGACGGGCGAUGGCAGCUCGCCGUUGGUAAUGCUAUCGAGGAAAAGAAGACACUUUUUAUACCACGUAAAUUAUAUUACGAGGCAAAGGUAAAUUAAUAAUAGUCUCAUUAAUACUGAUUUGAAAUUGCAACAAAAAAUAUCUUAUCAGAUACCAAAGUCCCGCAAGCUAGUAUAAAACGAACCGCACUGAACGCGAUACAAUUAACACUCAUCGUCGUCGUCGUCACAAUCGGGCUAAUCGAUUCAUCAGCGGCCAGUCAGCAUGUCGGAUAUCAAUCACGAGAUGUCGCGCACUCCGAGCCCGCACUGCUCCUCGGACGCCGGGUCUGGACUCGGAUCCCCUGGCCGCAGCGAUCCCGAGCCGAGCUCCGUCGAGCACGGAGGAGGCGGCGGCGGCGGCGGAGGAGGAGGAGGCUCGGGUGGCUGCAGCUCAUCGGGCUCGGAGCCGUCGAGGGGAGGAGGCACCGACGACCCCUUCUCGGAGAGCAUCCAGGCGGCCGUGAGUCAAGUGCUGGACGGCUACGACUGGUCGCUGUUGCCCGUGCCCGUGCGUGGAGCCGGUGGGCCGGGGGGAUGCAAGCCGGGCGAGAAGCCCCACGUGAAGAGACCCAUGAACGCGUUCAUGGUGUGGGCGCAAGCGGCUCGCAGGAAGCUGUCCGACCAAUACCCGCAGCUCCACAACGCCGAGCUCAGCAAGACCCUUGGCAAGCUGUGGAGGCUCCUGAACGAGGGCGAGAAGCGGCCGUUCGUGGAGGAGGCGGAACGCCUGCGCAUGCAGCACAAGAAGGACCACCCCGAUUACAAGUACCAGCCGCGGAGGCGGAAGCAGCAGGGCAAGGGUGACGGUGCCGACACGAACAGCUCCGAGCCGGGCCCCCCUCAGCUGCAAGCGCGUGCCCUGGGGGGCGCCUACGUGCAUCUGUCUGGCCCGGGAGACGCGGCCCUUCUCGACGUGCACGGCCCCCAUCACGGACACGUGGCAGGUCAACCCCAGAGCCCCCCGACACCACCCAACACGCCCAAGACGGCCGACCACGGCCCCGCGGGCAAGGGCCAGGGCAAGCGAGGACACGCGGGGGGCGCCGCGGCGACGGGCGAGGGGCCCCGGCACCCGAGCCUCGACUUCCAGACCAUCGGCAUGGGUGACAUCGCGGCCGAGGCCAUCUCGGGCAUGGGCAACUUCGACGUGAACGAGUUCGACCAGUACCUGCCCCCCAGCGGGCACUCGUCCGUCAUCGCCACCAACUCGGCCGCCGCGUUCGCCGCGGGCGGCUUCGGUGGCGCCGUCGGCGGGGGUCCCAACGCCUCCUCCGCCGCCGCCUCCUCCGCCGCCGCCGCCGCAGCCACCGCGGCCACCGCGGCGUCCUCGCUGGGGCAGGUGGCCGCGUGGGCUCCGGCCAAGAGCCCCGUGAGCGGCGGAGACCGAGAGCGAGACGGCAGGGAGAGGGCGAGGGGCGGCGGUGGCGGCGGUGGCGUGAAAACGGAGCAGCAGCAGCAGCAGAGCGUGAGCCCGAUCCGCUACUCGGCACACUACCAACCCCAGCAGCAGCAGCAACAGCAGCAGCAGCAGCAACAACAGGUCGGCUUCGGCUUCCAAAGCCACCACCCGCACCACCACCACCACCAGCAGCACCACCACCACCAGCAACAGCAGCAUCAACAGCAGCAGCAGCAGGCCUACGCCGAGCUGCAGGGCGUCCAACCUCCCCGGGGCUCGCAGCUGCCAGACCUCGUGGCCGCGGUGGCGGCCGCGUCGGCCGCGCACGCAGAGCACCACCAUCACCACCAUCACCUGUCGGGGGGGCCUCCCUCCUUCUACGGGCAGGGUUUGUACCCCGCGGCGUUCCCGCACUACCUGCACGGGGCGGCUCAGAGGCCCCUCUACCCGCCCGUGCCCGAGGCGACAAGCCCAUCGCCCGCGCAGUCACACAGCCCGCCCCAACACUGGGACUCGACGCCCGUGUACACGCAGCUCAGCCGCCCGUGAAGGUUGUCGAGAGGGGAUUUGUGUGGGUUGGUAAAGGGGAGG